AUGUUCAGUGGCUCCUCGAGCCCACCCAAAGACAAGCUUGAGACACUCCCGGAUACCAGCAUUGGAACUGGCUCCCCGGUCCUCGAAAAGGACGAGACCAGCCCAAUUCGCGAAAAGAAUAGUACCGUCACCAAAGCGGCCAGCUUCUUUAGCAGCGCCAAAAACUCCCUGAGCCUGAACGGGCCACGCGAAUCCCAAAACCCGGCCCAGCAGGUCACGCAGAGCCCGCUACACAAGCUGGGGAAGAUGGACCCGGCCCUGAGUGUCCCUCAAGGGUCGUUCAAUAACUCGGCCGGAGAGUCACUGCCCACCCCCAGAUCAUCGUUCCACGUCGGUGUCACGGAAGACAAAAAUCGAAAAUGUCGUCGGACAAUGGAAGAUACGCAUUCAUACCUCUACAACUUUCUCGGGACUCCGUCCCCGACCGCACCGCCCGACAUCAAUGGCACCGACCCCCCUGGGGCUGCGGAAGGGUCGCAAGCAUCCGAUGAAUCAUCCAACGUCGUGGAGACGGACAAUGGGUACUUUGCUAUAUUUGACGGGCAUGCCGGUACCUUUGCUGCGGAGUGGUGUGGCAAGAAACUACACUUGAUUCUGGAGGAGAUUAUGCGGAAGAGUCCCAACACGCCCGUGCCGGAACUGCUCGAUCAGACUUUCACCAGUGUGGACCAGCAGUUGGAAAAGCUGCCGGUGAAGAACAGUGGAUGUACUGCGGUCAUUGCACUGCUGCGCUGGGAGGACCGGGUUCCCAGCUCACAGUCGGCCACUGGGUCCUCCGCUCUCGCCCCGGCGACUGCCGCAGCUACAAAAGGCGAUGAAAACUUGGACGCUGAGACCCCGACGCAAGAAGCACAAUCGGGUGCCUCGACUGUAAUACCGAAACUUCAGGAGAAGGCUGCCCGGCAGCGCGUCCUGUAUACAGCCAACGUGGGCGAUGCUCGCAUCAUCUUGUGUCGCAAUGGGAAAGCGCUUCGCUUGUCUUACGACCACAAGGGUAGCGAUGAGAACGAAGGGAAAAGGAUCGCCAACGCUGGCGGGCUGAUCCUCAACAACCGUGUUAACGGGGUGCUAGCAGUCACUCGCGCCCUGGGCGAUGCGUAUCUCAAGGAGCUCGUCACCGGCCACCCUUAUACUACGGAAACCGUGAUCCAACCCGACGCUGAUGAGUUUAUAAUUUUGGCUUGCGAUGGACUAUGGGAUGUAUGCAGUGACCAAGAAGCCGUGGAUUUAGUUCGAAAUAUUCCCGAUGCUCAACAUGCUUCCAAGGUUCUUGUCGAUCACGCGCUCGCACGGUUUAGUACCGACAAUCUGUCUUGCAUGGUUAUUCGCCUUGACACGAACCGCCUGAAGGAUGUUGUCAAUAACACUGCCGACCCCAUCGGAGUGGACGGGGAUCCAUCAACGAAUGUCCCCCACGGCGUGAGCGAGGCCGACAAGAUCUUGGAGGGUGCCCGCAAGAGCAUGGAAAGCGCAGGGCUGACCGACGACGCAGAGUGGGCGGAGAAGACCAACGAGGAUAUUCUCCAGCGCAUGGCUAACGCCAACGCCAACGAAGAACCCGGGCCCGAAAUAGCUACAGAUCUACCUUCUGUGGAUAUCCUGAGCCCUAACAGUGUGCCUAAAGAGACACAUUGA